UACACGGCGUGGAGAGACGCCUCGUACCAUAAAUCCGUCUGGAGAGGAGUAGAAGCCAAACUCCACCUGAGAAGAGCAAACCCAUCGCUGUUCCCCAGCCUCCAAACCAGAGGCAUCAAGAAAGUCCAGAUCCUCAGCCUGAGGCGCAGCCUUAGCUACGUUAUCCAGGGCAUGCCCAGCAUCGAGAGCCUUAACUUGAGCGGAUGCUACAACCUAACGGAUAACGGCCUGGGACAUGCGUUCGUGCAGGACAUCCCGUCACUGAGGAUGCUCAACCUGAGCCUGUGCAAACAGAUCACCGAUUCCAGUUUGGGCAGGAUCGCGCAGUAUCUAAAGAACCUGGAGCUGCUGGAUCUGGGCGGGUGUAGUAAUAUCACCAACACGGGGUUGUUGCUUAUCGCCUGGGGCCUUCAUAGUCUCAAAAGCCUGAAUUUGAGAAGCUGCAGACACGUUUCGGACGUAGGCAUCGGACACCUGGCCGGCAUGACGCGCAGCGCCGCGGAGGGCUGCUUGAGUUUGGAGCACCUCACUUUGCAGGACUGUCAGAAACUGACCGAUUUGUCGCUCAAGCACAUUUCUAAGGGCCUAAACAAGCUGAAAGUCCUAAACCUGAGCUUUUGCGGUGGCAUAUCCGACGCUGGCAUGAUCCACCUGUCACACAUGACCCAGCUCUGGACUCUGAACUUGCGCUCGUGCGAUAACAUUAGCGAUACGGGAAUCAUGCAUCUCUCCAUGGGCGCUUUGAGGCUGUACGGGCUGGAUGUGUCGUUUUGCGACAAAGUGGGCGACCAGAGCCUGGCUUACAUCGCGCAGGGCUUGUACCAGCUCAAGUCCCUGUCGCUUUGUUCGUGCCACAUCAGCGACGACGGGAUCAACCGGAUGGUCCGGCAGAUGCACGAGCUCAAGACGCUGAACAUCGGCCAGUGCGUGCGGAUCACGGACAAGGGCCUCGAGCUCAUAGCGGAUCACCUGACGCAGCUGACCGGCAUAGACCUGUACGGCUGUACCAAAAUAACGAAAAGAGGACUGGAGAGAAUCACGCAGCUGCCCUGCCUUAAGGUGUUGAACUUGGGACUUUGGCAAAUGACCGAGGACAAGGGUUUAGGAGACUCGUCUGAGAUCCUGCCCUGCUACACCUCCUAACUACCUCAGCGUCGCCAGCGAUGUCUUGGUUUUUCUAGAGACGUGUAUUAUUUUAUGAAGACGUCGUGUACUUUGUUACUAAGCCUGUUCGGAAAAGAGGCUUGAUGUAGUUCAAAUUGAAUCAGCAAUAAAACACUGAACAGCCUUGCUAAUGUUAUGCAGUCUGACGGUUCCCUUUGAAUGCCUUUGUGUUUUUCUGUACUUUAUUUUAGAGCUUCAUAUUGAGGUAAAAAUGUAUUUUAUUCUCAUUUCCACUGACAAACCCUUUUUGUCACUGCCUUUAAUAGUAUUUAUCCUGAAAUACCAGCGUUAUACUGUAAACUGAAGAGGAAAAAAUGUUUACCAUGUGCGUGGACAAGGACGGAAAACUUGCUUGUUGGUUUUAUGUGAUUCCUCCCUGGUAAAAUGGAACAUAUGCAAUUUAAAUUUUGUUUAAAAAAA